AUGGAUGUUCCUCUCAAGAAAAAGAGCUACAUUCAAAAAUAUAGGACUGAAUGGGAGAAUGACGAAGACUUUAAACAGUGGAUAAAGCCAAUAGCGGAUAGUCCAACGAAAGCCUUUUGCAAGUAUUGUCAUGUAGAAAUUGCUGCCAAAAUUUAUGAUUUACGUAAGCACAGAGAAUCUAAAAAACACAAAGCAAAAUGUGAAUUAAUCACAAAAAAUAAACAGAUCCAGUUUACCUCUACACCUGAUGAUGGUUCAAAGAACAGUCAAAAAGCUGAAGGCCAGCUUGCCUUGUUCAUUGCUGAACAUACUUCCAUAUCCAACACUGACCACCUUACAGACCUUUGUAAAGAAGUUUUUCAUGAUUCAAAGUGUGCCAAAGAUAUAAAAAUGCAUAGAACUAAAUGUACGCAAGUUAUAAAUCAAGUGCUGGCGCCGCAUUUUAAGGAUACUCUUCUAAAAGAUAUUGGCACGCAGAAAUAUAGUAUUAUUUUAGAUGAAUCUACGGAUGUUAGCGUCUCAAAAUACAUGGGAAUAAUAAUACGAUAUUUUAGCCUGAAUACGAAUAAUAUUGUGUCAUCAUUUCUGUCUCUGGAGCCUAUUGAAAGAGCUGAUGCGAGAGGUAUUGUCACAUCUUUAGUAAAAUGUUUGGAGUCACAAAGUCUUCCAAUACAAAAUUUGAUUGGGAUCGGCACCGACAAUGCCUCGGUCAUGACGGGCCGAAAUAACAGCGUAAUUGAAAUUUUGAAGAGAGAAUAUAAUUUACCAAAUUUGAUCCUCAUUAGAUGCAUCUGCCACUCUUUGCAAUUGGCGGUCAGCCAUGCGUCUGAAAGCAAUCUGCCACGUAACAUAGAAUUUCUGAUAAGAGAGACGUACAACUGGUUCUCCAUUUCUCCAAAACGCCGAGACGAAUAUAAAGCGCUGUUUCAAACAAUUAACUGCGGGGAUGAACCAUUAAAAAUAUUAAAGGUUUGUGACACCCGUUGGUUAUCAAUAGAGCCUGCUGUGUUGAGAAUAUUGGCACAAUGGAACGAGUUAAAACUACAUUUUUCUUUGGCCAGAGAGAAGUGCUAUACAGCGGGACUUCUUUGGGAAAUGUACAAUGACGAGGGUAAUCGUCUUUACUUAUGUUUUUUGAAAAGUAUUCUUCACGACGUUCAAAUUGGCAUUAAGGUAUUUGAAGGUGAAAAUAUUGAUCCUGUCAAACUGUUAGAAACUCUGAUGACCUUGUUACGAUCUGUCUGCGUUAGAAUAAUAAUACCAGGCGCCGCGACAACAGACAAAGAUUUCCUCACUAUCAAAGUAGAAGAUCAUCUAGAUCCAGUUGCACAUUUGGGACAUCUUUUCGAAUCUCAUGCCAGUAAUAGCAACUUAUCUCCGCAAGCAAUUUCUAAUAUCAAAAAACGAUGCAUCGACUUCAGUGUCAAGUUGGUACAAGAAAUUCAGAACAGAAUACCUUCUAAUUACGAGAUCCUAGCAAAAGUAACACUCUUAAGUCCAGAGAACACAUUAAAACAGAUCAAGGAUCCUCAUGCACUGGUUGGAUUAGCAAGAGAAUUGGGAUUCGAUGACCAAAAGACAGAUAAAAUUGUUCAACAAUGGAAAACUAUACAAUUCAUAGAAUGGGAAACUGCAGGAGACAGUGUUAAAUUCUGGGCGCAAGUCUUAAAAUACAAGAAUGCAGCAGGAGUUAAUACAUUUCGAGAACUAGCUGACUUGGCUAUUGCUGCAAUGUCCCUUCCUCACUCUAAUGCGGAAGUAGAAAGGCUGUUCAGCGUGAUGAACACUGUAAAAAAUAAAUUGAGAAAUAGAAUGUGUUCAUUGACACUCAAUUCUAUAAUAAUGAUUAGAAAUCAAUUAAAAAUAAAGAAGAAAAAUUGUCACAACUAUGUUUUACCGCCUGAGGUUUUAAAAAAAAUUAAAAAAACUGUCAAACCUUUAAAACAAAUCGUAACACCAUCUACAUCAUCAUCACCCAUUGACGAAGAGGUUAUAGAAUUACCAGAUGACAUUGCAGACCUACAAAUUGAUUAUUAA